AUGACCAAAUCUCUCAUCUUCAUUACCGGUGGCACAGGCUAUAUCGGUGCUGAAGUAGUCUACCAAGCACUUGAAGCAGGCCAUCGUGUCCGUCUCAGCAUCAGAAGACCCGAACAGGCUGCUGUAUUGAAGGACCGCUACUCGCAAUAUGCUUCUGAGAUCGAGACUGUCGUGAUCCCGGACAUCAGCCAACGUGAACCCUUCGAAACCGCUUUGGCUGAUGUCGAUGCUAUCAUUCAUAUCGCAUCUCCUCUUCCUGGAGCAGGGAAAGACUUGAAAAAAGACUUCAUCAAGCCUGCACUUGAUGGUACUGAAUCAAUCUUGUACGCAGCGCUCAAAUUUCCAAAGAUCAAGACUGUCGUCAUCACCUCGUCUGGUAUUGCACUUGUGCCCAUCACCACUCACAUGGAGGUCAAGAACGACACUGGAGAAGUCUUGCCGGUCGAUCUUGACAUGGAAAUACCAGAUGGUUAUGACGGUCAGCAGACAAUGUACCGCAUCUCGAAGGUCCUGGCUCAUCAAGCUGCUCGCGACUUCCUCGCAAGAGAGAAACCUUCGUACAAGCUGUUCACCACACACCCAACACUUGUCAUAGGUGAAAGCAGAAUUCAAAGCUCGGCUGAGCAGGUCGAUUUUGUCAACGGCAUCCUGUGGUCGAUCAUCAAGACCGGAUCACCAAGCCCCACACCUAUGCCGUCCCUCUGGGUAGAUGUCAAGGACGUGGGUGCCAUCCAUCUCAGAGCAAUCGACUGCGAUGCUCCUUCGGGCACCGAAUUUGUCGCAUCGGGUCCCGAGGUAUCGUGGAAUGACAUUGCAAAGUUCACAUUGGAAGAGUAUCCCGAAGUUACCAAACUCGGCCCCGAUCACGAUGGCUUCAGCAGUCAGGUGGAAGCAGUCAAUGCUGGGAAGUACCUCGGAUUGGAGUGGCGUCCAUGGAAGCAGACAUUCAGGGAAACUAUAGAGCAGCAGCUGAGUUUCCAGGACAAGGCUUCGAAGUGA